AUGCUCUGGACAGAAGGCACUGCGGCGCUGGCCGUUCAGCUGCAUGUGGACGAGCUGCUGCUGGCGCUGCUGCGGCCGGACACGCCGCAGGCCGUGCUGGUGGACGUGCUUGGCGCCCUGGAGGCUUUGGCGGAGCACGCGGCGGGCCGCGAGGCGCUGCAGCGCUGUGGCCUCGCCGCCGCCAUCAAUGCGGCACUCCGGGAUGGAUGGCUGGAGCGCCAGCUGCUCUUCGCCGGCGCCGUCCGCCGCCUGGCACUGGUGCUGGCCGACCUGCCCGCCGCCGCUGAGGGCAUGCACGCCCGGUUGCCGGGCAUCAGCAAAGUCGUGCUGCAGCUGCCAAACAGCUGCUCGGCAGCGGACGGCUCCGGCGACCUGGACCUGAUGCGGCUGCACGCCUUUGCGCAUGGCGCUGCGCCGCACCUCGCGCACCUGCACACGUUGGAGGUUGAGGGGAAGCUGCGCGGCCCGGCUCUGGCCGGCCUCGCGCGCCUCGCUGCUGCUGCACCCGGAAUCCAGCGGCUGCGGCUGCCAGGGCUCCGGCUCGGCGGCGGCGGCGGCGCGCGUCGGUCUAGCGGCGGCGGCGGCGGCGGCGGCGCACGUCGGUCGAGCGGCAGCGGCGGCGGCGGCGGCGGCGGUGGCGCUGGGGGGCAGGGCAGGCGCCUGUGCGGCGUGGGCGGCGGUGGCAGCUGUGGCGGCGGUGAGGCGGGGGCGGCGCACAGUGGGCGCGACGCAAGGUUCCUGUGCGGGAUCUUGGACGCCCUGCCGGGCCUGGUCGAGUUGGACCUUGGCUCCGCGGCCCGCGGGGCCGCCCCCGGCGCCCGCCCCACCGGCGCAGCGCCGCUGCCGCUGCCAGUGCUGCGCCGCAUUGCGUGGCUGCGGCGACUGGAGGUGUUGAGCGCGGACGCCUCUUUGGCGCGGGACGGUCGCUGCGCCGCGGCACUGCUCGAGUCGCUGCCGCUGCUGCGGCGGCUGGUCUUGAGCCUCGUGGCCAGCUGCGUGCAAUCUGGGGCUGACGAAGGCCCCCAGCACCUGGCGCCGCGCCACGAGCUGGCUGCCGUGUUCCCGGCGCUGCGGUCGCUGUACCUGAAGCGCGGCGGCGACGACGAGCUGCGGCUCGCUGCCGGCUGCGGGGCGCGCCUCGAGGCCCUCGUGAUGCACGGCGCCCCCCGCGCCAGCGACGCGGGGCUCGCGCUGCUGGCCGGCUGCCGCGGGCUCGCGCGGCUGCAGGUGGAGGGCGCGCCGCGGCUCGGCGACGGCGGCUUUGCCGCGCUGUUUGCGGCGCCGGCGCCCGGCCUGCAGCACCUGGCGCUGCACGGCGUCCCGGGUCUGACAGACGACGGCCUGCUCGCCGCGACGGCGAUGUGCCGGCGCCUGGCCAGCGUAAGCCUCGCCUGCUGCCCCGGGCUGACAGACAAGACCCUCGCACGCCUGGGGCGGAUGGAAAGGCUGUCGCACGCGCAGCUGGUGCGGUUGGGGCCAGGCGUGACGUCCGAGGGCGUGCGCGCUCUGGCGGCCGCGCCGGCGAUGGCAACGGUACAUGUGGUCGGGUGCUGCGGUGUGCGCACGCGUGGAUGCACAGAGCACAGGCGCAGUGUGCGGGUGCACGUGGACGGCGAGGAUGUGUGA